AUGGUUGAGGAGAAAUUUACAUGUAGGAUACAAUAUCUUAAUGAUGGUGAUCCAUUUGUUACAACAUCUACAUGUUAUUUAGAACCUAUGAGACAAGUUACUUUUUCUUUUCAAUUACAUACUCCUAUUGGAGAUCAAAUUGGAGAUGUUAUUAGAAGUAUAAGAGCACCUCAUAAAAGUGGUGAUGCAGCAUUACAAUUAUUUAGAAAAUUAGAAAAUGGUGCUGAUGAUUUUGGUACAUAUUUAGAUUCAGAUAUGACAUUAUCUGAACAACAAGAUGAAUUACAAAUAUUACAAAAUGAUCCGUAA